GUGGGGGCAUGUGGAGUCAUAAUGUAUACCCAAAAUUUUGAAAUCCAUUUUCCUUCACUUCACGCUUCAAAGUAACCAAACCCUAAUUUCCUAAUUCAGUCGCCACCAUCCCUUCGAAGAACUUCAGUCGCCGCUCACUCAUCCCUUCGAACUUCAGUCGGCCAUCCCUUCGAAAAACUUCAGUCACCGCUCACUCAUCUCUUCGAACUUCAGUCGCCAUCCCUUCGAAGAACUUCAGUCGCCGCUCACUCAUCCCUUCGAACUUCAGUCGGCUAUUCCUUCGAACUUCAGUCGCCGCUCAUCAUCAGAUACUUUAAUCAGAAUCUCGUUUUGUUAAGUUGCCGAUUUAUUAAAGUCAUGAGUGAUUCACAAAAUAAAGUCGGGAAGAAGACGGGCAAAACACCAAUGGAUAUGGAUUCUGACUCUAUCAAAGUCGACCUAGAAAAUGAUAGCACUAUGAAUUUGGAUUUGGAAGAUGAUGAAGUUGGCUCUGUGGAUGUAGAUGAUAAAAAUGAUAGUGGUGUUUGAAAACCUAAGGCAAAGAGAUCUCGAAAGGAAAGAUCAAUUGUUUUCCAUUACUUUACCAAACAACAAAAAAAAGCUUUAGGCGGAAAGGUUCCAUCAAAAUGCAACAAAUGUGGUCAUGUUUGAUAGUAAGCAAGGUACGGGAAAUUUUACUCGACAUAUAUCAAGCUGUUGGUCAAAUGCUUUUAGAUACUGACAUGAAGUUAAAGACAUCUAGUUUUAGUCAAAAUACGUUUCGUGAAAUGCUUGUAGCUGCAAUUGUGAUGCUUGAUGGCGCUCUUUAUUAUCGACGUGCUUUUUGUCAUUUAGAAUUAAGUGAUUCUAAUUUUAAGCAUAGUCCAAAUGCAUUAAAGUGGGAAAAGAUUAGAAAGAUAUGUACUUUUCUUGGAGUAUGUUAUGAUGUGACCAAUGUUUUUUCGGGUACCAAAUAUCCGACUGCAAACUUGUACCAUCCGCACGUCUUUAUGGCUUAUCUUACGUUGUUUGAGGAUAUGAGUUCAAAUGAUGAGUAUAUCAAGAAUAUGGCAGAACUGAUGAUGACCAGGUUUCAAAAAUAUUGGUCAGAUUUUGGUCUUACCUUAGCCAUAACCGUAGUGUUGGAUCCUAGAUACAAGUUGCAUUUUAUCGACUGGAGUUAUUCACAAAUAUAUGGAGAGGCGAGCCCCGAAUAUUCAAAUGUUGAGCAGUUUUUGAAUUCUACAUUUAAUGAAUAUGUCAACAUGUUAAAUGUGGCCGGUGAUGAUAGAAGGGAUGAUCCAACACGUGCUUCAAAUGCAAGUAAAGGGGUUGGGGACACAAUGGAUGAUUCUACACAUGCCUAUGGAAUGAGCGCAAGGCUUAAGGAUUUUGAUCAAUUUCAAAGUAAAGAUUUUACAAUUAACAAAAAAUCAGAAUUGCAAAUGUAUUUGGAGGAGUUAAGGGUUGACAUAAGCUGUGAACUUGAUGUGUUGGAUUUUUGGAAAGCCAAUGAGUUUAGAUAUCCCACACUUGCGAGAAUGGCAAGAGACUUUUUGACCAUUCCGGUAUCUAUUGUCACAGCAGAGUCUACAUUCAGUGCAAGUGGAAGAGUACUUAAUGAACAUCGAAGUUCACUUAGCAAAGAUACCGUUGAGGUUCUCAUAUGCACAAAAGAUUGGUUAUUUGGAGAUUACUGUUCGAACCAAGUUAGUGUAGAUGAGCUCACAGAAGAUAUAAUGUCGCUUGACAUUAGCCGUGAAUCAGAUGCUUCAAAUUCUGUGAACAAUCCCAAGGUAUCCACUCCAAAUGCUUCAAGUAGUGUUGCUUGUUAAAAAUCAGAGAACAUCCUAAGGUUUGAUUAUUUGGAAUUGAAGAUCUUGAGAAAGAAAGACACAUGGGAACUCCGAACUUGAAUGUUGACACUAUUUGGAUGUUAUGAUUAGACUUUUAUGGAUUUCGAUUUAAGUUUGUUAAGACAUUAUGUGUUUAUGCAUGUUUUAUGACUUUUGUGAACCUUUGGCGACUAAAUUUUCACUAAACAGGUUCCUUAAUC